AGAAGAUGACGGAUACAGUUGUCGCGGAGGGACAAGUCAAGUUUAGAGAUGGGAAAAAGUGGAAGACUCGCUGGGUCGUGCUUCGGAAGCCCUCUCCGGUCGCAGACUGUCUGUCGCUGCUGGUGUAUAAGGAGAAGAAGAAGCGGAAGGGCAGUGGCCACAAGGAGAGGCUCAAUGUAACACUGGAGGGGAUCUGCGGUGUCGAGCCCGGACCCGGCUACGACGGCGUGACCUACACUCUCACCAUCCUCUGCCUGGCCAAGGCGCUGGUCCUGGGCUUCAACAGCAAAGACGCCCUGCUGGCCUGGGACGCCCAUGUCCGCUACAGCCUGGGAGAAGUCCACAGAUUCAGUGUCAACGUUGAACCGGGUACCAAACUGGAAAGUGGCCCCGCCGCUCUCCACCUGUGCAACAACCUGUUGGUCCUCACUAGAGGUCUCCCUCCUGCCGUCAUUGGCCAGUGGACGUUGUCGGCGUUGCGUCGCUAUGGGGCCGUGCCUAAUGGCUUCGUGUUUGAGGGGGGGACUCGCUGUGGAUACUGGGCGGGUGUUUUCUUCUUGUCCUGUUCAGAAGGAGAGCAGAUCAGUUUCCUGUUUGACUGCAUCGUCAGGGGUGUCACCCCCAGUAGGGCCCCACACGGCCUCCGACCUUCUCUGCCAGACCUGAGUGCAGACCCAGGUUCAGCAGAGGAACGUAUCAGCCAGCAGACGUCAGACCUGGAGAAAAGACUCAGCAUGUUGUCUCAGUGCAGCCUGGCCAGCAACAGCAGCACAGCCUCAACAUACAGCUGCAGCACAUCCGUUGCCGGGGACGACCACAGCAGCAUCUCCAGCUCCUCCUCCAGCCAAUCGGACACGAGCUACGGGAGCAGACUUUCAUUCUGGGUGGAGCCGUUAGCCAGACUGCACCUGUCCACCGAGACCGUGUCAAGCUCCUCCACCCUGAAAGCGCUGGCCAGUGCAGAUGAUCGGCUUUACGCUGCUGUGAUGGGAGGCUCUGGGACUCGCCCCUCCUUGGCCCAGCUCCACCCUCGUGGUCUCCAUGACAGCGGGCGGCAGAGCUCAUUGGACAGUGGCAUUGGGAUAGCGACGGGCAGUCAGUCGUCUUACUCAGGGAGCUGCUCCUCGUGUACGGGGAGUCUGGACGCGGCCAGUCAAGGAGGAGGGGAGGAGAUUGACUCUGUGGCUAGCCAACCUGCUACAUCUUCACCUCCCUCUGCUCCUCCUUCCUCUCCUCCACCUCCUUCUUCACCUUUUCAGCCCACACUCACCCACGACCACAGUGCUGCUAACUGCCCCUGCUCCUCCUGCUCUUUCCCCUCCAGGUCAAGCUCACGUGCAUCUAGUAGGCACAGUGAGGAGUACCAGAUCCCCGGCCUGCUCAGACAGCGCUACGACACCCCCAGGAGUCUCCUCCACACCCUGCACCUGAGGGAACCCCCGGCCCAGGGAGCUCCACCUGAGCUGGGCAGGGACAGCAGGAGCAGUGGAGAUAGAGGGGGAAGUCAGGGGAUGAGUAGCAGCAGCAUCUCAGGACCGAGCUCGAGGCCUCAGAGUCAGGCCGCGCUGCAGCACUCACACUCCUGGGGCAGUGAGAGGGCGCCCUCUGUGGACAGUGCGGGCAGGUCCACACACAGACCCCUGUUCGCACUCGGAGGCCUGCCUUGUGAGGAAACACAGUGCAGUGCAGACAACUACAUUACACCGGAGCAGUGGCGCUCAGCGAGGAACAGAUGCUUGACCCAGGCUGCCAACCCGCCACCAUCAGUCGCCUCACCUGCAGAUGCUCAUCUCUAUGUGAGAGAGGAAUGUGACGACAGUGCGGACGUGGCUCUGAAGAAGCCGGCGGCCCUUCCCACACCCUCUGCCCCCCCACCUCCAGCUUCAGCCUGUGGUAUGUUCCGGUCUCCCUGUGGAGCUUCUCCGUCUGGGACCCUGGAAGCUGGGCUCCACAUCGACAGGAAUAUUAACUAUGUCAACAUCCCCAUUAGCCUCCUUCUGGCUAAGACCACCAGAGAGCAGCUUCACAGUGAGCUGGACCUGCAGGAGUCCAGCUCAGCGCCGGUCUCCAGUCUGCACCGUGGUGUCAGAGAAGAGGGCUCCCUCAGGUACGCCCACCUCGACAUCGCUGCCAUGGGAACGGCUCGGAGAGUGGGGGCGGAGCAUGACCAGGGCAAGGAGGACACACUGACUCAGCAGGAGAACCGGCGGCGAGGCCACCGCACUGAGUGCAAUGACUGAGUAGAUGACACUUUAAAAAACAAUUUUCAUUAGUGACUCUCUCCAUCUCUCUGAAUAAGCUUCAUGCUCAAAUGCAGCUGAUCAUCACACUUAAAAAACACACACACACACACACACAAACACAUACACAUACACAUACACAGAGUUGUACCAGUGAACAGUUUUAUUCCCGCAAACAAUCCAUUCCAGUAUAAAGAAAAAAAAUAGGACAUGUUUUUUAUGCAGUUGCCACAUGGAUGUGUUUUAUUUAUAUGCUGUACUUUCUCUUUACUUAUAGAUUUGAGUUUGGUUACCUUUUUAACCUAGAACUUUUUCGUUGGCUGCAUGGCACUUAAGCACACUGUGGCAACUGUUGAGGAACUUUUUUGCACCUCUUUUAAGAUUCUCUCAGGAUGACUGCCGAUCAAUAUACAAUGAUCAUGACACCACAAACGACUGUUUACCACCGAUAUUACAGAAGUGAGACGCUUGAUAACUUGGUGACAUUUGUUGGAAAUUCUUAUUUUGGAUAGUUCUUGUUGUUUUUUGUUUCGUCUCUCACAGAGGGUUAGCUACUGCCAUUGCUUGAUUUCAUACUAUUUAUCAUCGGUUUGGAUCACGCAAUGAGAUCAAGCCCUUCUUCCCAUCGCACUGACACCUGCAAUCAGCUGCUCAGAGUCCCAGCAAGCUCGGCAAUCAUUCCACAUAAGAGCUUAUAGGCAUUCGAUUGAAAUAAGCAGCUUUGAGUUAUAUCUCGGGUGCAAAUUGCAUUAAUCCAGGCCCAUGUGGCCCAAGCAGGACAUGACUGAGUAAACAGACAGCCAGUAACAUUAUUCAUCCCUGUAAUCAAUGUCUCUGCUUCUGGUCCAUAAGAGGGCAAGAAUUGAUGAAUGGAAAAGCGCAGUGUGUGUGCUCCAAUUUCUCACCUCCCACUUGAUAUCAUCAGGACAAAUAGUCCAAUAUUUGAGGGUAAUUCAUAUUUAUGGUGGCAGUUCCUCACCAGUGUCUCUGAGGAGGAGGUGAGGAGAAAGAACACGGGGGAAGAGGCAUUUUUUGUUUUAUUUCAAACCACAAUCUGUCAAUGUCAUUACAAGAAUCACUUUUUGUAAAUAGUAGCUGCUUUUAUUUAGUCAAAGACUAUAUGAAUGAUACUGAACUAUAUUUUUAAAACAUUAUUAUUUGUAUGUUGUUGGCACAUGUAUCUUUCUGAACAUUAAAGAUUGCUGUUACAUUUUCA